AUGAAAAAAAAUAUUCUUUUACAGAACGGGAGUAUCUUAAAAGUACAGCCCAUAAGACAGCGGAAGAUUUAUUCGUGCGUGGCGUGCCAUACUAAGAAAAUAAAAUGUUCGAAAACUCAUCCUGUGUGCGACCGAUGUACCAAGCUAGGCUUACAAUGUGAGUAUUAUGUCAAUGAUCGGAUUAGUAGAAGAACUGCUAGAAAGCUAAAGGAUCAAGAGAACCAUGCGAAGGAGGAUGAUACCAAAAGUGAAAGGAAUAAAGGGGUAUUAGAGAAGCCAUCGGUGGAUAGGAAACCAGCCAGUACAAAUAAGGAAAAGGAAAUAGUUGAGGAGCAAACGAUGGGUGAUUUGAGGAAGAAAAUAAAUAAAGAGCCCCAUAGGAUCACCAAGCAGAAAGUACAGACAAUCACAAAGAAACCAGCAAGCCCGAUUUCUCAACAGCAGGAAAUGAUACAGGAGGAUAUGGAAAAGAAAAUAUUGUGGUCGGAAAUUCAACAUCAAAAUAAGCAAGCAAUAAUCACUGGAAAAUCACAGUAUAAACCAUCACAAUCAACACCAGCUAAUCUGAGCUUUGGAUUUUUACCACUGCCGAAUUUACCCAAAUGCGAACGUACAAUGCUAGUUGAGCUAAUAAUUUCCAACUUGCCAACAAGAUCGGUUUCCAAUCAAUAUUUCCAAAUAUAUGCCUCCAAAAUAGAUUAUCGAGUUCCAAAACUUGAUCUACCAGAGUUCAAGACUCAAUACAAUUUGCAUUGUGAUACACACUCACUCAAACUGGAGUCAUUAGAUGAGUCUUUGGAUUAUUAUCUCACAUAUUACAUCAUCCUAUACGCCGUAUCACAUAAGGUUGGAAAUUCCGCCAAACUAGCCAAAUAUCAUCAUGUUAUUCAAGCUAUCUUUAAAUAUUUAAAGUUUCCACAAAAUUCAACAAACUAUUCUCUUAAAUAUCUUCAAUUAUUUGCAACUUACCAGUCGUUUACCCCGUUCACUCCGUAUUCAGACACUCAAUUUUUGGUACAAAUCGCCAAAUUAUUCAAACUUGAUCGUGAUCCCAUCAUUUUCCACAAAUCUUCAGACAUGGCGCUCAUUCAGUUCAAUCGUUUGCUUUGGUGGCAUAUAGUAUACUUGGAUUUAAGGGCAGCAAUAUUCUGGAAUAAAUUGCCAAUGAUUGAAUUGGAUAAAUCGGACACCUCGCUCCCCACAGAGAUUGGUUUACACAAAAACGUCUUGGUGAGAAUGGUGUUUUGCAACUCUAGAUUUCGGUACGCAAUUUUAAUGAACGAAAUCUUGAAGAGCUCUACGCAAGGUGGGAAUUUGAACAUUGUGAAAGAUAAGGUUUUGGAAUUGGAAGUGAGAUGUAACGGGUCAAUCAUGUCAUUGAAUUCUUACUUGUCUAAAUCCAAGAAAAAUAACUCCCAAACAUCAGCACAUUCAAGAAUAUAUCAAGAUCAGCAAAAAGAAAUUGAAUUAUUAAUUGAAGAAAUUAAAUGUUUACCAGAUAUGGCACUUUUAUUGGCGUACAAGAGACUACAAUCUCCCAGUCAAUACCUUUAUAAAGUUAGUUUCCCAAAGUACAGCGAUAAUUUAUCGACUGGUUUGGUGAGCAGUUCCGAGGAAAUUUAUUUUAAUUAUAAUAACUAUGGAAUAUCCGAUGGAUAUGGCUAUGUGGUACUACAUCUUUUGAAUAGGUUGGACAAGAUUGAUGAAAAAUCAACGGGAAGAUCAAACAUGUUACGUUACCCAGUCUGCCCAUUUUGGAACUUGAUUGCUUCCAACUUCAUCAGCCCUCAAUUCCUUAUCCACAUUGUUGGUGUUUUACUUUUUAAUAUUCUUCAGGAUAUUGGAUCAUUCAAACAAGGAAACGGGGCGAAUUCCAUGGAACUGGCGAUUGACCGGCUACGUAAUGAUGUGAAGCUCAAUAUUUUGAAUAAACUAUUGUGCCCAAUCAUGAGUAAUUCACCAACCAUUCCACAGUUGGACAAUAUUUGUGGACUCGUCAUUGGGGUAAUAACGUUAGUGAAAAUUUAUCCUUUGAAAAUUUAUCAACCACGGGAAUUUGUUAAUAGUAUCACCAAUGACGGGAUGGGUUUUUUUGACGGGAUCAGUUCUUUUGAAGAUUUGGAAAAAGAAAUUAAGCCGGCAUUUACCACUGUUGAGCAAUACAUAUCUCAUUUCAGUCUUGACGAGGUUAAUAGUUGUACUUUCCCGACUUUUGUUGAUUCUUAUGAAGAUUUGUCAAGUGAAGCAUUGAGUACUGGAACUGACGAUAAAAAUAGCGGGGUCAGUAGUAAUUUCGUGGGUCCUAGUCUUAAAGAAAGUAAUUCUAGCAGUCCAAUCAGUAUAACCAGUCCUUCUACAAUUAGUAGUAAUUCACCAAAUUCAUUUUCCUCACCUACAACAUCUGUUUCCAACAUAUCAACAGCCAAUAAUGGCAAGCCGUUUGUCUUCUCACAAGGAGUUAGCUGUUCGGAUAUUGCUCCGAGAUCGAUGACUGCGCUAGUUGCCGCUAGCACAAUUGCGAAGAUCAACGUAUUUGGAAGAUCAUCUAUUAGCUCUUAUGAACCAAUUUUCGAAAGCGUGGAGCCUGAAAACGAUGGCGCGACGAAUGAAGAUAAACAUAAUAACAAUUCGGUGGCUAGCAUUGGUUAUGGUAAGGAAAAUAUGGAUUCUAAUGCUGGAAGAAAAGAGGUUAAUAAACCAGAACCCAAUGUUGCGGAUGAAUUGGCGAUCGAAAAAAAUUUUCGCCCUGGUGGUUUGUCGAAGAGCGCAGAUUUAUAUAAUCAAUUACUAGCGGUGUCACUAGACUUCCCGACUGAUGAACGAGGAAUUAUCAAAGAUAGUGGAUUUAGAAGAUUAGUGCAACAAAUGGUUGAAACUAUUGAAAAUUGGAGAAUAAAAAACAGUCAAGUUUCAGGAAACAAUAGCACGGAACAGGUCAAAGAUGAAUAUCUUUUGGGAUUAGAGAAAGGAAUGUGCAAUAUGGUGUACUCUUUUUUGCUUUCAAUAUGA